GGAUCUUUCCAUUCCCCUCCCUCUGAAUCCCCUCUUCAUGAUUCAGAUUCUCCAUCACUUUUAUAUUUCUGUGCUGUUAUCCCAGCAGUGCACACUGCCCUGUGUGCUGCUCUGAACAUCGGUGAGGUUUAAAAAGAAAUGCCAGUAAAUGUUGUGUUGGAUGGGCCCCCACCCUGGGGUUUCCGCCUGACUGGAGGAAAGGACUUCAACCAGCCCCUGACCAUCUCCAGGAUCACUCCUGGCAGUAAAGCAUCCAUUGCCAACUUGUGUGCGGGAGACCAGAUCCUGGCCAUAGAGGGCGUCCCUGCCAUCAACAUGCUGCACUGUGAAGCCCAGAGCAAGAUUAAAGAAUCCACCAGUCAGCUCUGUCUCACCGUGGAGAGGAAUGAAUCCAGACUGUGGACUCCACGUGUGAUCGAAGAUGGCAGAGCUCACCCGUUUAAACUAAACCUAGAAGCAGAGCAGCAGGAGCUCAAGCCGAUCGGCACCGCCCACAACCGACGAGCUCAGCCGUUUGUCGCGGCUGCAAACAUCGAUGACAAGCGUCAGGUGGUGAGCACGUCCUACAACACGCCCAUUGGUCUCUACUCCUCGGGCAACAUCCAGGAUGCCAUGGAGGGACAAAUUCGAGGCCUGGUUCCACACAAACCUGACAGUCCCAGGACUCUGAGCAGCAUCGAGGAGUCUGAUGUGUACCGGAUGUUACAGAAAGAUCAGGAGGACCCCCAGGAGCCCCGGCAGUCUGGUUCCUUCAAAGCCCUGCAGGAGUUUAUCGACAGUGAUGGCACUCGGCCCAUUGUGACUCGAACAGUGAAAGCCCCAACGACAAAAUCAACUCCACCUACAGGAAACCUGCAAAAACUGCCCAUGUGUGACAAGUGUGGGAAUGGGAUUGUUGGGACGGUGGUGAAAGCUCGGGACAAAUAUUAUCACCCUGGCUGCUUCGUGUGCUCCGACUGUGACGUCAACCUGAAACAGAAGGGCUACUUCUUUGUGGAGGGGCAGCUGUUCUGUGAGCUCCACGCCCGAGCCAGAAUGAGACCACCGGAGGGGCACGACCUCGUGACGGCGUUUCCUUCUGCGUAGAUUUCUCUCCUCUGAUCACAAACACCAGAACACUUUGGUCAGUCCUCUCAGGUUUUACAUUUGCAUCUAAUGUAUUCAUCUGCACAGAGAUGCUGUUUGUGUAAAAUACUCUGAACUGAAAUUGUAAUGAGGAUCAGGAUUGGCUGUAAUUUUAUUGUUUUGAGUGUCGAACACUAAAAAUAGCAUGAAAACUAAAAUAUCUGAACAGCAACUCACGUUCACACAGUUCAAAAUGCAGAUUCAACAUUUUCAUGGAGGGUCACUGUUUCCAUUCAGAGUUAAAGGCAAAAUCAGCAUCAAAGCCAAUUGAAGUCACCAAUAAAAUUAGUCAAAAUGCUGUUCUUGAACUGUGUACUUAAAGUUAAAGCCUAAUUUAUAUGUGAAAGUUUAAUAAAACCACUUUUGAACAACAAA